UCCAACUGCCCGUCCCUCUUUGGACUGCCCACAUCUGGAGACUGUGACCCAUCUAGGAAGCAGGGGCAGCGGCAACUCUGAUGACCCUAGUGGUGCUGUAGCCCCCCGUGACUGAAGACUGGGCUUCAGAAAGGCUCCAAAGGUGCAGGCCUCCUCAGCAGCCCGUCACUGUCAACAGAGAAUGUCUGUGCUGGCCUCCUCCUGCAUGUGCCAUUGACUCAGAUACACUGCUGUUGACACUUUGGCGACCUCUUCCAUCCUGCUUCCUGGGGGAGCCUGGGCCAGAAUGGGAGAUGCUGGAGACAUCUGCCCUCACCUUGACUCCAUAGGAGAGGUGACCAAAGAGGACUUGCUGCUUAAGUCUCAGGGAACCUGCCAGUCCUGUGGUGUUGCUGGACCUAAUCUAUGGGCCUGCCUCCAGGUCACCUGCCCCUAUGUUGGCUGUGGAGAGUCCUUUGCUGACCACAGCACCAUUCAUGCACAGGUGAAAAAGCACAACCUGACUGUGAACCUGACCACAUUCCGGGUGUGGUGCUAUGCCUGUGAGCGUGAAGUCUUCCUGGAGCAGCGCCUGGCGGUCCACCUGUCCAGCUCCUCAGCCAAGCUCUCGGAGCAGGACUCCCCACCACCCUCCCACUUUCUGAAAGCCGUCCCUAUUGCUGUGGCUGACGAAGGAGAGUCUGAGUCUGAGGAUGAUGACCUGAAACCUCGAGGCCUCACGGGCAUGAAGAACCUGGGAAACUCCUGUUACAUGAAUGCUGCCCUGCAGGCCUUGUCCAAUUGCCCCCCACUCACUCAGUUCUUCCUGGAGUGUGGUGGCCUGGUGCGUACAGACAAGAAGCCAGCCUUGUGCAAGAGUUACCAGAAGUUGAUCUCUGAGGUCUGGCACAAGAAACGGCCAAGCUAUGUGGUCCCCACCAGCCUGUCCCAUGGGAUCAAGUUGGUCAACCCGAUGUUCCGAGGCUAUGCCCAGCAGGACACCCAGGAAUUCCUUCGCUGCCUGAUGGAUCAGCUUCACGAAGAGCUCAAAGAGCCCAUGGCAGCCGCUGUGACAACACUCACUGAUGCUCGGGACUCAGACUCCAGUGACACGGAUGAGAGGCGUGACGGCGACCGGAGCCCGUCAGAGGACGAGUUUCUGUCCUGUGACUCCAGCAGUGACAGGGGUGAGGGUGACGGGCAAGGGCGUGGUGGAGGAAGCUCGAAGGCUGAGAUGGAGCUGCUGAUCCCAGACGAGGCUGGCCGAGCCAUCUCUGAGAAGGAACGAAUGAAGGACCGUAAGUUCUCCUGGGGCCAGCAGCGCACCAACUCGGAGCAAGUGGAUGAGGAUGCUGAUGUGGACACGGCCAUGGCCUCCCUCGACAACCAAUCCAGCGAGGCUCAGCCACCAUCACCAAGGUCCACCAGUCCCUCCCGGAGCCCAGAGCCAGACAACGAAGCCCACAUACGCAGCUCCUCUCGCCCCUGCAGCCCUGUGCACCACCACGAGGGCCACACCAAGCUGUCCAGCAGCCCUCCUCGUGCAAGCCCUGUGAGGAUGGGGCCAUCGUACGUGCUCAAGAAAGCCCAGGUGCCGAGUACUGGCAGCCGGAGGCGGAAGGAGCAGAGCUACCGCAGUGUCAUCUCAGACGUCUUCAACGGCUCUGUCCUCAGUCUGGUGCAGUGUCUCACCUGUGACCGGGUAUCUACCACAGUGGAGACAUUCCAGGAUCUGUCGUUGCCCAUCCCUGGCAAGGAAGACCUAGCCAAACUCCACUCUGCCAUCUACCAGAAUGUACCAGCCAAGCCAGGUGCCUGUGGGGACAGCUACUCCUCCCAGGGCUGGCUGGCCUUCAUCGUGGAGUACAUCCGACGGUUCGUGGUGUCCUGUACCCCCAGCUGGUUUUGGGGGCCUGUCGUCACACUGGAAGACUGCCUGGCUGCUUUCUUUGCUGCCGACGAGCUGAAGGGUGACAACAUGUACAGCUGUGAGCGGUGUAAGAAGCUGCGGAAUGGUGUGAAGUACUGUAAAGUCCUGUGCCUCCCCGAGAUUCUGUGUGUCCACCUGAAGCGCUUCCGACAUGAGGUAAUGUACUCCUUCAAAGUCAGCAGCCAUGUCUCCUUUCCCCUUGAGGGACUCGACCUCCGCCCUUUCCUGGCCAAGGAGUGCACCUCUCAAGUCACCACCUAUGACCUUCUCUCUGUCAUUUGUCACCAUGGCACAGCAGGCAGUGGGCACUACAUUGCCUACUGUCAGAAUGUGAUUAAUGGGCAGUGGUAUGAAUUCGAUGACCAGUAUGUCACCGAGGUCCACGAGACAGUGGUGCAGAAUGUGGAGGCCUACGUACUCUUCUACAGGAAGAGCAGUGAGGAGGCCAUGCGUGAGCGGCAGCAGGUGGUGUCUCUGGCUGCCAUGCGGGAGCCCAGCCUGCUCCGGUUCUACGUGUCCCGAGAAUGGCUAAACAAGUUCAACACCUUUGCAGAGCCGGGGCCCAUCACCAACCACACCUUCCUGUGCUCGCACGGAGGCAUCCCACCCAACAAAUACCACUACAUCGACGACCUGGUGGUGAUCCUGCCGCAGAGCGUCUGGGAGCACCUGUACGGCAGGUUCGGGGGCGGCCCUGCUGUGAACCAUCUGUACGUGUGCUCCAUCUGCCAGGUGGAGAUCGAGGCGCUGGCCAAGCGCAGGAGGAUGGAGAUUGACACUUUCAUCAAGCUGAACAAGGCCUUCCAAGCCGAAGAGUCUCCCAGCGUCAUCUACUGCAUCAGCAUGCACUGGUUCCGAGAGUGGGAGGCUUUUGUCAAAGGGAAGGACAGUGAGCCUCCCGGGCCCAUUGACAACAGCAGGAUUGCUCAGGUCAAAGGCAGUGGCCAUAUCCAGCUAAAGCAGGGGGCUGACUAUGGGCAGAUUUCUGAGGAGACCUGGACCUAUCUGAACAACCUGUAUGGGGGUGGCCCUGAGAUUGCCAUCCGGCAGAGUGUGGCCCAGCUCUCAGACCCAGAGAGCUUGCAUGGAGAGCAAAAGAUUGAGGCUGAGACCCGGGCUGUGUGACUGGGCCAGGCUGAGCGGCUGUGGCUGGCCCUACUCCCUCCCAGACAGCCCUGCAUCCCUCUGCAGACUGCAUCCUGCUGAGUGCCCACUGUCCCCAAAGGCUGGUGUCUGCCAUCCCCGAGGGUGUGUCCGCCCUGCAGCUGAGCUGCUGUGCCUGGUGCAGAGACAAAGUGCGGCUGUCGUCCGCCGUGAGAGGCGCUGUGCUGGGAAAUAUAUUCUCUCAGACUUCUGAGGACUCCGGCUGUCGUCCGCCUUGAGAGGCGCUGUGCUGGGAAAUAUAUUCUCUCAGACUUCUGAGGACUCCGGCUGUCGUCCGCCGUGAGAGGCGCUGUGCUGGGAAAUAUAUUCUCUCAGACUUCUGAGGACUCCGGCUGUCGUCGCUAUCUCCCCAGACUUGCCCUCUUGCUAGCUUGGGCCCAGCUUUUGUCCCAGGAGCUCCAUGCUGCCCCUCAGCCAAUGCUGUCCCCUGGGAUGAGAAUGGGAGUGGCUGCCAUCUUUUGGGUAUUUUCUGCUGGGUACUUGGUCCAACACCUUAGGGACUCACAGAGGUAGAUUUCCAUGCACAGGGGACAGAAUGGAUGUGAGGGGCUCUGCAUGGCGGUCAUGCUGGUUACCAUAGCCUCCUGGAGGUCCAGGCUGCCCUGCGUUGGUUGUUGGCUCUAGAUACAGGGCUCAUGUGGUUGGAGUGGAGAAAGGGCAACUUUGGCUUAUAGAGGACCUGCCACCUUGUCCUGCUGAGCCCACUGGCAGAUGGGUGUCAUUUGCCCUGUGGAGAGGCCCCUGAACCCCUGGAGGCGGGAUAGACAGACACCUCAUGCACUGGUGCAGUGUUGGUUGCUUGCUCAGCUUCCUGUGUGGCCUAGAGUGACCCUGAUUCUCCUCUUCCUGUACCUCCUCCAGCCUAGUGUCUAGGGCCACCUUUGGGGAGAUGUGAUCUGUGGCCACUCACACAGGCACUUGCCCAGAGGGUUCUAAGCCCACUGCAGAGGUACUGGGACCCCCUGAGCCUUGAGAGGCUAUCCUGUUGCUGGGGUCCUUGAGAAGUCUGGACAGAACAUCUAGGUAUGGGGUGGUGAGGGAUCCUGGGACCAAGAGGCCUCCAGAGGGCAGUGGCCUCCACUCUCUGCAGAAGUGGGUGCCUGCAGCCCAGGCCUGGGCAUUUGGUGUCCCCUAGACCUGCUUCUUCCCACUGAGGUGGCAUGUGGACCCGUGGACAGCUGCUGCUGGGACUUGCCCCGUUGGCUGCCAUCUUUGGAAGUCUGCUGUCAAGCCCUUGGCUCAUUGCACUACUGUGAUGGUUUGUGUUCAGAAUGUCCCAAUAAAUAUGCAUUCCUCCCCUGC